AUGUCUGCAAUGUGGCUUGCGCCUCAACUUUGUUUAGGUGGUAUAGCUGAAGCAUUCAAUGGUAUAGGCCAGAAUGAAUUCUAUUACACAGAAUUCCCAAGGAGUAUGUCUAGUGUUGCCGCUUCCCUUGGCGGAUUAGGAAUGGCUGCAGGAAACUUGGUAUCUUCUUUUGUAUUCAGCACGAUAGAAAACGUUACUUCGAGGGGAGGAAAACAAGGGUGGAUUACUGAUAAUAUUAACCAGGGUCACUUCGACAAGUACUAUUGGGUUAUAGCUGGAGUUAGUGCUCUCAAUUUAGUGUAUUUUUUAGUAUGCAGUUGGGCUUAUGGACCUACUGUUGGUCAAGUAUCCAAGGAAACUACUGAAGAAAAUGGUUCCAAGGAGGAAGAUUUAACCGAAUUCAAGAAUGUGAAUCCGCUAUUUGAUGACAAGGGUAGUGAUGAAACUAGUUCAAAGGUGAAAGAGUUAACUGAAUUCAAGGAUUCGGGUCAGGUUGAGAAAGUAUACAAGAGUAGUGAAGAAGGAUUAGUUAAUCGGGUUGAUUAUUGA